CCUUCUUUUAAAGAAUAAAGUUGCUAAUGUCACACGUCUAGUUCUAUCAUUCUAUCAAAAAAAAUAUUAAGAAAAAGUAGCAAACUAAAAAAAGCUUUCCUUGAAAUUCUUGUAAAGUUAUUGCAUAAUGCCGGUACUUCCCUGUUGUCUCGGAUGUCAGGGCCCCAUGGCGGGCCCCUGUGGCCCCGUGGCCUAUCGCAAGGAGUGCCGCAACGUAGGGCCAUGCUGUCCUCACGCUUUCGGAGCGAAUUGCCAAGCGCCUUGUGGUGAAAUCGGGUGUAUACAUGGAGCUCGUGGGGGAGUAGCUGGCUCGUACUACAGUUGCGGCCAGGGCUGCAUCGGAGGCUGCACGAGCGGUCUCUGCGCUAGCUGCUGCGGCCCCUCUUGUGGAUAGAACUGGCAAACUUGUGUGAAAUAGUCAUUUUGAUCAGUUAUGAAAUAAACCUUUUGCUUAUAUUUUA